UCUUACACACAUCACUGGUUUAGGCUGGUAGGUGUUUGUAUUCGGUGUUGAAAAUUUCGGAAAUUAAAUAAUUAAGUUUAUGUUGAUUUGAUAUUUAAACAGGGAUCAUUUAAAUAUGUCUGAUGAAGGGAGUCCUAAUUUACAGAAACUUCGAGAUUUUCGAUAUCAAAAGAAAUCACAAUUUACCCAUGAUGGUCUCAAAUCAUCAACCGGAAUACGUAGAAGGAUCAUAACUAUUUCAUCUGAUUCAGAAUCGGAUCUGGAAGCACAAAGGAAUGUACUUUCUCCAGAAGUACAAAAAGCAAAUGAAGACAGACCAAGUAAUAGUAUAGCAAAUAAUUACAAUCAUCAAACUAUACAACAAAUUGCAAACUCUUCUACAAGUAGCAGUUUGGAAGAUAAUCCUAAUAAAUCACCAGUUCAACAAAAUGUGACUUCUACAAGUAGUAAUUUGGAAGAAAAUCAUAAUCAACCCCCAGUUCAACAAAACUUGACUUCAUCUCACAGUAGUGGUGUGGUAAAUAGUUGCAAUGAAAAACCUUUACAAGAAAACCCUGACUCCUCUCAAUCUCAAAGUGUUAAUGUGGUGAACGAUUCCAGUACACCACUAACAUCAACUCAGGUCUCCAAACCAGCUUCCCAAGUUAUUGUUGCAAAUAAUAGUGCAUUUAGUAAUAGAUAUAAUGGGUACAAUCAAAGAAGUGUGAAGAAUCCCUCCAUCUUGGAAAAAGAGAAACAAAUGAAAUUUCUCUUAGAAAUAUUUCCUAAUUUGGAUGCAAUGAAAAUCCAUGACUGCCUCUCAAGACAUAGUUUUAAUACAGAUGCAGCAGCAGCUGAAUUGUCUAGAAAUUAUAAUAAGCCUGUAGAUUAUGGUUAUAGCCAAUGGAGGCAAGACUAUGAGAAAAAAGCUGAGGAGGCCAAACAAAAUGAAAUAGCGAAUACAAACUUGUUUGUUAGAACUCAUAGUGUAAAAAGGGAAAGGGAGGAAUCUACUAAGAAAAGAAAAGUUAAAAGAAGGAGAUCUUAUGAUAGUGAUGACAGUACUGGUAGUAACAGUUACAAAGACAAGAGAGUAUAUGAUAGUGAUGAAGACUCUGAUGUUGAAAUCAGCAAUGAAUUGACUGGUGAUAAGAAACGAGUUUUGGAUUUCUUUCAAACUGCCAACUGUAAUGAAUUGCAAUUAAUGAAUUUCUGUUCCAAAAGGAAAGCAGAAGCGAUUAUAGAAAUCCGGCCAUUCACCGGCUGGAUUGACUUGGUAGAUAAACUGCAAACUAAUAAAAACUUGAGUGGCGAUUUAUUAAAUGCUGCUCAGCAAGUUUUAGCGACGCGGAACAAUAUUAAGCAUUUAAUGAAAAAAUGUUCAAAUUUGGCACAACAAUUGGAAAGAGCCGUGGCUGCUGGCGCUGGCGUAAAAGAGCAACCUCCGAUUUUAUCUUCAUCUCUGAAAUUAACCGGAUACCAAAUGGUGGGACUUAAUUGGCUGGUAGUGUUGUAUUCUCAAGGAGUGAAUGGGAUUUUAGCUGAUGAAAUGGGACUAGGAAAAACUGUACAAAUUAUAGCUUUUCUCGCUCACUUAAAAGAAACUGGGGCAGCUACCAGUACACAUCUUGUAAUAGUGCCUUCUUCAACUUUGGAUAAUUGGAAGAAUGAAUUUUCACGAUGGUGUCCACAGUUGCGAGUAUUUAUGUAUUAUGGUAGCAUGGAAGAGCGAAAACAGUUUCGCUUUGAUCUAGCAAGGGGAAUGUUAUCUGAUUUUGAUGUUAUACUGACAACGUAUACUAUAGUUGGUAACAGCCCUGAAGAAAGAAAAAUGUUUCGAGUUACUAGAAUGCAUUAUGUAAUUUUUGACGAGGCCCAUAUGUUAAAAAAUAUGAAUACUCAACGAUACGAAAAUUUGAUAAGAAUAAACGCAAAACAUAGAAUACUCCUAACUGGAACACCGUUACAGAACAAUUUAUUGGAACUGAUGUCUUUGUUAAUAUUUGUUAUGCCAAAAAUUUUCGCAGAAAAAGCUGACGACUUGAAAAGUUUAUUUCAGAAAUCUAAAAAGGAGCAAGAUAACGACUCUCUUCCUACAUUUGAAAAAGAACAAAUCGAACAAGCCAAGAGGAUUAUGAUGCCUUUUGUUUUGCGAAGAUUAAAAUGUGACGUACUUCAAGACUUACCAAAGAAAACUGACUACGUUAUGAAAGUUCCAAUGACGCCUACACAAAAGGAACAAUACGAACAAUUGGUAGCAUCUUAUAAAACAGUUAAUGCGGAGGGACAAAGCAUGUAUAGUGGCAUGAGUAUAAUGACGGAUUUAAGGAAGUUGAGUAAUCAUCCACUGUUAAUGAGAUUUCAUUAUGACAUAGACACGUUACAGGAAAUAGCAAAGUUACUAGCUGUUGAUCCCGGUUAUAAAGACACAGUUGUGCAAUAUAUUGUUGAUGACUUAACGUGGAUGUCAGAUUUUGAAAUACACACAUUAUCAAAGGAAUUUUCGUGUUUGCGCAAAUUUUUACUUCCCGACGAGAAAAUGCUGACUUCUGGAAAAUUCGUGCAGCUUGACCAGAUGCUGGAAGAUCUGAAGCUAAACGGCCACAGAGUAUUAAUUUUCAGCCAGUAUGUGAUAAUGUUAAAUAUAGUAGAACAAUAUUUAAGAAUUAGAAACCAUAAGUAUAUGAGGCUAGAUGGAGGUACAGCAGUUAAUAUUAGGCAAGAUCUGAUUAAUGAAUUUACAGACGAUUCGAGUUACUUUAUAUUUUUAUUGUCGACUCGAGCAGGUGGAUUGGGCAUCAAUUUGACUUCAGCUGAUACGGUAAUUAUCCACGACAUAGAUUUUAAUCCGUACAAUGACAAACAAGCUGAAGACAGGUGUCAUCGAAUGGGCCAGAGUAAACCUGUGACGGUCUACCGAUUUGUUUCUCAAGGAACUAUCGAAGAAGGCAUGCUAGAAAUGAAUAAGGAAAAAUUGAAAUUAGAAAAAGAAAUUACGACUGACGAAACUGAUAACCCUGAUGUAAAAAGUGUGGUAAGGUUGUUGUCAUCAGCGCUGGGUAUUGAUACGACAAAAGCAACACACAUGCUGUCUUCAAAGAAAGUAACUUGAAAAUUUUCUGUUAGAGAUUUUGUACACUUUUUACAUAUAUUUAUCCAUUUAGUAGAAUUUCGUUGUGUAAAUUAUUUGUAUUAGAUUUGAUCCAUAUUAUUUAAAUGGAUUGCACAGUGACUCGGCACUUUUAUUUUAUUUGUUUUUUAGUUCGUCAACUUUAUUUUAAUUAAAAGUAUUUUUUCAACUUAAGUGUAUUUAUUUUUUUAUAUUAUGAGUUUACAGACAGUGGAAUUUUACUAAAAGUUGUUAGAAACUUGCAUGAAGUAGAAAUGCAGAGGUCUUAAUCAUCUAAAGAUCGUUUAUAUUAUAUUAAUAAAGAUGGG